CUGGAAUCAUAAUAGAAGUUAGUACACAGCGCCGCGGGACUAGAUCUAAACGUGCAACAAUGCGGGCAUUAAUCACAUUGUGUCUAGUGGCCUGUAGUGUCCUGACAUCAGGGCAACAAUACCGACCUAUAGUGUCCAGCUCCUCCGUACAAUACACGGGUAACCCAGGACUGUGCAAUUUGAACCGAGACUACAUCCGCGAGUACCGGACAGCUACUUACCACUUCACCCUCUCCUCAUUCAAACCCGUCGCAGUGAGAAGCAAUUUCAACUUCGUAUACUCUCCCAUUUCAAUUUGGAUAAUGGUCGCGGCGAUAGCGGAAGGUGCUGACCCUUUAACUCAACAGAAACUGUUCCAAUUCCUGCAUCUUCCGCCCCAGGACCCGUGCCUACGGUACGCGUUCUACCAGCUAGCGACCUCCCGCGCACUGCCAACCAACGAAGUGAACAUUAAAAACAAUCGCAUCUUAUUAAUCAACGAAGGCACGACCCUCAACCCAACAUGGUACGAUAUUGUUGUGAAGAAUUCCCUCCUCGAUGUGGUCGCUGCUCCGAUCAAGUACAACAGUGUGGCCACAGCUAACGAGAUCAAAAGGAUAAUGUCUGCGCGUCUCCCAACACUUAAUCUGAGCGGAAACUCGGUCCUUCUGGACACGAUAGACUACAAUGGACUGUGGACUACAGCAUUCGCGGACGCUGUUGUAGAACGAGCUCCGUUCUACAGCCACCGAGGGGAAGUAUUGGGGAGUGUGGAUAUGAUGAGAGUAAGGAGACGUGCCCGUUUGGGGUACAUUAAGUCAAUAAACGGAAAGGUUUUGGAAUUACCAGUCGGUUCAGAUGAACGAUACAGAAUGAUUUUCGGUGUUAUUGUUGGAAAUGCUGAUAUUAGACCAAUAGUGGCUGCGGUGAGCAGUGCAACCGUAUUUGAGGUGAUCGACAGUCUGCGGGAGAGUGCAGUGCCUAUAGAUGUGGCGAUACCGCGCAUGGUGAUCACGAGCGAGGUCGACGUCAGGGUGAUAUUGGAAGACCUGGGAGUCACUGAUAUAUUUACUGAUCCUUCUGCCACUAGGUACAUAUCGGAUCCUCCGGCCUUCCCGAGCAGUUUUCUGCAGCGUUCCACGUUGGUGCUCAACAACACAGGGUUGUACGCUCCUCCAGAAGAGCCGUUCAGCUAUAACGCCCCAACAGGCCUUGACUAUGCCCUUGGAAGGGAUUUUAUUGCCAAUCAUCCCUUCGUAUUUAGUUUAUUCGAUGCUGAAACCUAUACAUGUAUCAUGGCGGCCGCAUAUACUACUCCUACUUAUACAUAAGUCGUUGGAAUAAAUAAUAAGACC